AUGGACCAAGUUUUGAAAAAUAUCGUCACCUCAAUCGUCUUCGACGAAGUUUUGGACCAUGUCACAAUCUGUUUUGACCCCGCGGGAAAACUCCCUAUGGUAAUGAAGCUAUUGAACAGUUAUGGACCAAACAACACCGUCAAAUUUGAAAUUAUUCCAAGAGGACCACACCAUGACUCAGCGAGAUUAACUAUUAAGUACAGAACACGGACAAGCGCGACGAGACUCAGAAGCGACUAUAAGACAUCCAGAACAGAGGACAGGAUCACAGUAGAACAGAGAGUAGAAGCACCGACUGAUUCGGACAGCUCAGACACAGACGACGAACAUAGCAGCAGCGACAGAAGUACCACUGACGGAACCGACGGAACGGACAACACUAGCGACACUCCUGAAAGCGACGAUAACGACAAAAAUGACGAAGUUAUUUUAAAUUCAGAUGAAGAUGUCCCACAGCAAGACAAUGACAAUAACGAAGACAACAUGAACAACGACAAUGGCCACAUCCCAGACAACAAUGACGACGAUUACGGCAGUAAUGGCAUCGACAAUGCAGACAACAACGAUAUCAACAGCGACGACAAUGUUAAUGAUAACGGCUACUCCUUGCAGUACAAUCCCCAAAACAACGUGGAAUUACUCAAGAUGAACCUGACGGACACUUAUACGAUAACAGCUAUAUACAGAGGAGACACAAUUGACGCAGAGGCAUUGUUCAGACAGUACGGACCAUGCCACACAGAACACUACAUGUCCACGACAGACGACACUAAAGCCAUAUCGACACGGUACCAGUUAGACAGACAUGCACGGAAAAUAAUAAAUCUAUACAGACAAUAUAUACAACGGACAGGCGAGGACGUGCAAGGACUUCAACGGCAAGAACGAGAACAGGGACCACCGACAACAGAAUACGUUAGAUCGGACGAUACUAUUUGUGUACGAGUACCGCGGACAGUAAGCAAACAAGAACUGACGGAAAUAUUUGCAACAUUUGGAGAAAUAGCUGACAUACAACGCAUUAAACCGAACAACGAAGACGAACGUUAUACAGCAUUUAUACAAUACAGACACAAGGACAGCGCAUACAAAGCAGUAACAGAAACUGACAAUACAUACUUACCGAAAUGGGCUUAUAAUCGAAGACAACGGACGACAAAAACAGCGACGACACAGGAAAAUGCACAGGAGCGACAGAGAAACGAAGAACCACAGGAACCGCACAGAGACAAAGACGAUGGACGUUGGACCCCGCCAACAACACAAAACUCAAUACAGAUAGAGUUAAAGAACGGAAAAAAGGAGAAUAAUGAAAAAGUAGGAUACAUUAUUUACAAGGACAAAAUAGACGCCAUCGACGCCAAACUAAACGGAGCACGAAAAUACAAAAUUGACUGGAAGUUAAUGCCACAGACUACUGAGACACUAUUACAUUUUACAUGCGGAGACCAAAUACCGAUACAGAGUUUUACAGACCACACACGCGACUGUACCACAACUACACUACGACGACGGCUACAAAACGAAAAAAGAACAACCGCAGCACCAGCACAGCAACAGAUGAGACCGACAUCACAAACGCCACAACCGAAUACCAGCAGACAAGCCGACGAGAGACAGAAUGCUGGCACAGCAGGGACAGCAACGCAGUCAACAAGAGCACCAGUCUCAGUACACAGAGCCUUAUACAUCGACUACAGCUCAUCAAGUGAUGAAGAGUUAAAUGAAGUAGAAAUAGCCAGAUCAAUACGACAGCGACAACUGACCAUAGACAAUAGACAACAUCAAAAUGAGAGAGCAGAUGAGGCAGAAGCACCAGCGAGGCACGAGGACGAAGCAGAUAAUGAGUUACGACAAGAACUGGACAAAAUUGACUUCAAGAAGAUAUUAGACGUUAGUUUUUAA